UUGAUGGAAUGUGCUCAUUCUCAGGAGUUUGCGGCAGUGCAGUUGAGAUGAAUGAAUUAUUGACAUUCCAGCAUGAAUCGUAGCUUUCUUCAGUUUCUGAAGUUGUCUCUGAUACUCUGAUCUUACAGGGCCUAUUGGCUUGAAAUGUACCGCCAAAUUUGGACGACUUAAAAUGCAUCCCACCCUGUAAAGCCGACAGUGACGGUGUGCGAAGCGCCAGUCGGACGGGUACAUUAUGGACGACGACGACGACGACCAAGUCCCUUCACUUUCCGACUCCACCGAUUCAAACGACGAAUUCACUUGCGACCGCGACGAAUCGGAACAAUCUCAGUCUGAAUCUGAACCUGAAUCUUACAAUGAUGAAAAUGUUAACUGUGACGGUGAUAAUGUUCGAGAACCAUCCGCGAUUCGGCGACCUCCGCCAAAUGACAGCCGUAAAUCGAAAAAUAUAGCCGCCCUCGUGAGAGGCAAUCUUGUUGUGAAAAGACAGUCUUUAAUUCCAAGGGUGCUUUCGGUGACUGAAGGAGCAGCUGUAGUUAGGAAACCCUUUAAGCCUCCCUCUUCUAAUGGAUACAGUAACAAGAAUGAGCAGCUCUUUCGUCGUCUUUGGGCUCGCAAGCGGUUUGUCCCUUGGGGCUCUAAGAGUCCUGCACUAAUUUCAAUUACCAAUAGAUUUAACAUUCCCUCUAUUCCUGAGAAAGAAGUGCCGGAAGAGAUCGUUAGUCUUCCACCAGGAGUUGAGUCAUUGGUCCUGUGGCAACCGGAGGAACGUGAAGAAGAAACUGGUAAUUUUGUGCCAGUAAUAGUGGAUCCUUUGCUUGUCCGCUUCCUUCGUCCCCAUCAAAGGGAGGGUGUUCAGUUCAUGUUUGAAUGUGUUUCGGGGUUAUAUAGUGCUGCCAAUAUAAAUGGAUGCAUUUUGGCUGAUGAUAUGGGUUUGGGAAAGACUUUGCAAUCAAUCACAUUAUUGUAUACUCUUCUUCAUCAGGGAUUUGAUGGGAAACCCAUGGUUAAGAAGGCUAUAAUUGUAACUCCAACCAGCCUUGUGAGCAAUUGGGAAGCUGAAAUUAAGAAGUGGAUUGGAGAUAGAGUUCAUCUUGUUGCUUUGUGUGAGAGCACUCGAAAUGAUGUUGUCUUUGGAAUUGACAGCUUCACCAAUCCUUGUAGUCAUAUACAGGUAUUGAUAGUUUCUUAUGAGACAUUUCGGAUGCAUUCAUCAAAAUUCAGCAGUGAUGGAUCCUGUGAUCUUCUCAUAUGUGAUGAAGCUCACCGACUGAAAAAUGAUCAGACAUUGACAAAUCGAGCAUUAGCUGCUCUCUCGUGCAAGCGUCGCAUUCUAUUGUCAGGAACUCCAAUGCAGAAUGACCUAGAAGAGUUCUAUGCAAUGGUUAACUUUGCUAAUCCUGGAAUAUUGGGUGAUGCUGCAUAUUUUCGACGGUACUAUGAGAUGCCAAUCAUUGGUGGAAGAGAACCGACUGCCACUGAAGAAGAGAAGAAACUAGGUGAUGAGCGUUCUGUGGAACUUAGUGCAAAAGUAAAUCAGUUUAUAUUGAGGAGGACCAAUGCCCUGUUAUCCAAUCACUUACCGCCAAAGAUUGUUGAAGUUGUUUGUUGCAAGUUGGCUCCUCUCCAACUAGAGUUAUAUAACCAUUUUGUGCAUUCUAGAAAUGUUAAACAAGCAAUCACAGAAGAGAUGAAGCAAUCAAAGAUAUUGGCUUGCAUCACAGCUCUUAAAAAGCUUUGCAAUCAUCCAAAGCUCAUAUAUGAUACCAUAAAAAGUGGUAGUUCUGGAAAAUCAGGAUUUGAGGACUGCUCGAGCCUUUUCCCUCCAGAAAUGUUCUCUGGAAGAUCUGGAUCUUGGACUGGUGGUGAUGGGGCUUGGGUUGAGCUAUCUGGAAAAAUGCAUGUCUUAGCUCGGUUACUGGCCCAGCUGCGUCAGAGAACUGAUGACCGGAUUGUCCUUGUCUCAAACUACACACAGACAUUGGACCUUUUUGCUCAAUUGUGUCGCGAAAGAAGAUAUCCCUUCUUAAGGCUUGAUGGAACUACAUCAAUCAGUAAACGGCAAAAGUUGGUCAACUGUUUCAAUGAUCCAUUGAAGGAUGAGUUUGUCUUUCUCUUGAGCAGCAAGGCUGGUGGUUGUGGCCUCAAUUUGAUAGGUGGGAAUCGAUUGGUCUUGUUUGAUCCUGAUUGGAAUCCUGCCAAUGACAAACAAGCUGCUGCAAGAGUCUGGAGGGAUGGGCAAAAGAAGAGGGUGUACAUCUAUAGGUUUUUGAGUGCUGGAACCAUUGAAGAAAAGGUGUAUCAGCGUCAGAUGUCAAAAGAAGGGCUCCAAAAAGUUAUUCAGCAGGAGCAAACAGAUAAAACAAAUGCCCAGGGCAACUUUCUGUCAACAGAAGAUCUACGGGAUCUGUUCACUUUUCAUGAUGUGAGAUCUGAUAUUCAUGAGAAGAUGGGUUGCAUCCGUUGUCCAAACUAUGAUGCAGUCUUAGACGAGAGGGCUGAUAAAAUAGACCAGAUGGAGGGCAUCAGUUCAACAAGUGAACAUUGUCAAUCAGAUCAAGAUGAUAUAGGAGGAUUUGCUUGCAUUUCGGGGUGCCUCCAUAAGUUGCGAAGCUCAGAGAAACAGGUAGGAACUCCCCUGGAGGAGGAUCUGGGCAGUUGGGGGCAUCACUUUUCUGCAUCAUCAGUGCCUGAUGCUAUUUUUCAAGCCUCAGCUGGAGAGGAGGUCACAUUUGUUUUCACAAACCAAAUAGACGGGAAGCUUGUGCCUAUUGAAUCCAAGACCACUGUAGUAGAAGGAAAUGGAAACAAGUCCAGUUCAAAGGAGAACUUGAGGCACAAUUCAAUGCCGUCAGUUUCUUCGAAUAUUGCUUCUGUCAAGAACACAAUUCCUACAUUUUGCAAGAACUUGCAAAGCGUGAAUUUGAAAUCAGUGAGAAGUUCUCUGAAAGGUACACAGAGUCUAACAUUAAAUCAUAAACUCUCUCUUCUAAAUCAAUUACCUCAAAAAAGAUCUUUUCCUAAAUCUAUAGACGAUGACGAUUUUGAGUAGAGUUCUGGAUUUUUCUUAUAUUGUUUUUCUUCUACUUUAGUUUCUAACUACCAAAGGGACUUGUCAACAUCCAUAAAGGAUAUCUAGUUGUACCAAGUCUCAUUGUAGGACUCUAUUGCCUUUGUUUUUUUAGUGUAAUUUUGAGUUUUUUGUGUUUCCCCUAAAUUUUUCUUUCUAAUAUAGUGGAAACACGUGAUACUUAUCGGAAAUUGGAAGAAAUGUUGAGAUGGUAUUAGCUGCUAUCAACUAGUAGGGAAAAAUAACAAAAACACUGAAUGCAUUUGGCAUUCAUAAAGAGAAUUAUUAUAUCAAGUUAGAAUAAAAGAGAAAGAAUCCAACUACUGUUUUUCCACUGCUGGUUGUCAUUGGAAAGAAGCUUGCACAGUUUUUGACAAGAUUCUGACCUGGCGUGAUACACUAUUAUUGUCAUUCAUAAUAUACAUUGAUGGCCCUUUAAUGGUAACGUAGGCAACAAAUUUGUUAUUCAUUUCACAUGCAAUCUAGUAGGUCCAAGUUCUAAAACAAAAGUUUAUAGCAGGGUAAAAAUGUAUGGACACGAAAUACAUAUGUUUGUGUAACUGAAGAAAGAAGAAAGAUGGUUGUAACUAGACUGGCCUUUUUACUAUUUAACUUGAAUAUUAGGGAAUUUAGAAUGACAUGAAUUGGUUUAUACUCCAUUCAUCUGUCAGGCAUCGGUUGCCUCAUGGAUGAAAUGACAGUCCAUAUAAGGAUGUUGAUAGCUGGUGUUAUCUGAUUUGUUUGGAAGGUUCUCAUUCUUUGCCACUAGAAUUUCAUUCAACAUCAGUUGAACUUGCAAAUCUGUUUUGAGUAGUGGAUUGCUGUAUUUUUUGGACAUUUACAAGAAUUAUGCAGGGGCAUGAAUCAGGUUGACCCUUGGGUUCAUCGUUCUCAAAAUUGAAAAUAAUGGAAAUUUUAAAAAUCAUUUUUUUUUUCAUUUUCAUUUUUGCAUGACUAGUAAAAGUAUUUUUAUUUUAUUAUUUCUUAAAGAUAAUUUAGAACCAAGCAAAUUCAUUUCUUGAAUUAAUAUGAUUGUGAAGACAGAUUUUACCACUAUAACCAGGUCUGAUUAUACCUUAAUUAUCUUAUAUUUGUGAGAAUGAAGAUAAAUUUUCUUAUCAAAAAGGUAAAAUAGGAUAAUUUAAAGUCAACUUAGUUUGUUUUCUUGCAAAAUAUAACGUUAUCCCAUUUGUUAUGGUGAAGAAGGGUUUGUUUUUAUGUCCAUUGAUGUGGGCAAAAUAUGAUUAUGCCUUAAAAGUAUAUGUUUUGAGUUGGAUGCAUAUGGGCAUAAUAGCUAUAUGGUUUAUCAUGAAAAAAACCUUUUGUGGAGAAGAGAGAG